AUGAGUACCGAAAUGCUCGAAAAUGAGACAAGUCUGUUGAACGGAUCUGUUCAGAACAUCGCAGAAGACUACCUAACUACGAACAUUUGGGUCCAAGGUAUUUUCUAUCUGCUAUACGGCGCAAUAUUCCUCAUAGGCGUGUUCGGAAACGCCUUGGUCUGCUACGUAGUCGCUCGAAACUCUCAGAUGCAAACAGUGACGAACUUGUUCAUAACAAAUCUAGCCCUGAGUGAUGUUCUCCUUUGUGCCCUUGCGGUUCCUUUCACUCCGCUCUACACGUUUCUUGGUCGUUGGGUCUUUGGCCAAACCCUAUGCCACCUGGUGCCAUACGCCCAAGGAGUCAGCAUCUACAUUAGCACAUUUACAUUGACGAGCAUCGCAGUUGAUCGUUUUUUGGUGAUAAUUUAUCCUUUUCAUCCUAGAAUGAAGAUCAAAGUUUGCUUGGGCAUUAUUUUGGGAAUUUGGGCGUUUGCGCUGCUGUUAACCCUACCGUACGGCGUCUACAUGACCCUAGAAGAGCCUUACACGUAUUGUGAGGAACAUUGGCCCAGUGUUCGCCUGCGAAAAUUAUUCAGCUCGUUCACUUCGAUACUACAAUUUGUCGUGCCAUUCUUUGUCAUUGCCUUCUGCUACAUCUGCGUUUCUAUUAGGCUAAAUGAUCGGGCAAGAUUAAAGCCUGGGAGUAAAACUAGUAAAAAAGAGGAGGCGGAUAGGGAGAGAAAGAGACGGACCAACAGGAUGCUCAUAGCUAUGGUCGCAAUAUUUGGGGUUUGCUGGCUGCCAUUGAACAUGCUAAAUGUCGUGGAUGACUUUUAUGCUGACACUAACCACUGGACAUACUACAGGUUGUGUUUCUUCAUCACGCAUUGGCUGGCUAUGAGCAGCACGUGUUACAACCCAUUUCUCUAUGCCUGGCUCAAUGACAACUUCCGGAAAGAGUUCACGCAUGUACUACCAUUCAUAAAACCGAGAAACAGCACUCCACGAACAACCGAGGCUUACAGAAGUGAAAAGCUGUGCAAUGGAAAUGAUACGGUACAAGAGAGUCUUUUAUCGAGUCUUGCAUCAAGAUCGAAUCAAACCAGGGAGUCUAUACAACUGGAAUCAAGGCCAGUAUUGACGCCUGUGUUUCAUCCGACGGAGCGCACAAUCAACGAGUUCACCGAUGUUGAAGAUGUGCUUUUAUAAAAGCAAAUACUGGAGGCAAAACGUCAUCAAUGAAAAAAUCUCUACAUGGAAGACCUCAGUUGUACAGCCGGCCGAUAUUGC